AUGAAGGCGUUCAAGGAAGGGGGUACCUUCACACUAGACGAUGAUAGGCAGGGACAGGUAUAUGUCGGUCUCGAAGGUGGGCCUAUGAACACCUACUUCAAGGAUGCCAAUGAUCAUCUACCCAUGGCUUACGCUAUAGUCAAAGGCUUCGCAUCACCUGAGGAGGUGAAGAAAAUAGGCGAGUGGUUCCGGGGAAAGGCCCAUCCCGAUAUCAAGAAAACCGAGUUCAAUGGAGACGACGUAGAGGAUGACGCAGAUACCUCUGGUCAACCAGAAGUAUUUCAGCUUUACGCCAAUCCAACGGCUAAAGAUGCUUUUGGUUUGGCUAUUGGUGUCAAGCAAGCAGAGCUCGAUAAUGUGAAUUUCCCUCAGGAUAUCCGACACGUUACAUAUCAGCAGACAGACGCGUGCUGUUGGCACAGAGACGAUCCAACGAAUCACUUCAAUACGAUUGUAAUGUGUACGCAACCAAACAUUGACUUUGAAGGUGGCCAAUUGCAGUUCUAUCCGAUCGAUGAUCCCACGAACGUGGAAAUCCAACUGGGUGAUGCAGUCAUUUACAGCACGCCAAAGGUGGACCAUCGCGUAACGGAAGUCACCAAGGGCACCCGGAGCAUAUUCCUGGUAGAGCUAAAGAAGGAGUCACUGGCUAAUCUUUCGUAA